AUGGCCACCACACCCGAGGCUUCCAACACGUCCGACUCCAUCACCAUCAAUCCAAACAACCAAACUCUACUGAGUCUCAAUAUGUCUAACAUCACCAAGCUGACACCCACCACCUACAUCAUUUGGAAGCUGCAAGUCCAUGCUUUUGUUGAUGGACACGUCCUUGCUGACUAUCUGGAUCGCUCUGCUGAGAUCCCGCCGGCUACAGUCACCGUCAGCGAUGUCGUCACUCCGAAUCCGGCUCUCCUACAUUGGCGUCGUCAGGACAAACUCCUUUACAGCGCUCUUCUUGGAUCUAUUACUCCGACCGUCCAGUCUGCUCUCUCCCGGACCACCACCUCGGCUGAGAUCUGGGCAACCCUCGCUGAUACCUACGGCACCAAAACCAUUGAUGAGUACUUAUAUAGCCUCACAACGCGGUUUGAUGCUCUUGCUAAUUUGGACAGUCCCAUGGAACAUGAUGAUCAGAUCGAACAAAUUUUUGAUGGUCUUCCUGACGAGUAUCGUCCCAUUGUUGACCAAGUUGUUGCACGUGAUACCUCACCCACUAUUGCUUACGUCCAUGAACGUUUGCUUAACCAGGAAGCUAAGCUUCUUUCCAAGGCUACGCCACCAGCGUUCCCUAUGACAGCAAAUGUUGCUACCAACCGUCCUCGUCAGGCGUCUCGUGGUAGUCAUCACAACUCUAACAAGAAAUCGUUCUCCAAUCACUCCUCUAGUUCCCACUACGGGGAUGUGUCUCAACAUCAGUUCCAGUCUCGUGCUGCCUCCUCACCGCAAAGCAGUCCUUUCCGUCCGUGGCAACCAAGAGCUAAUGUUGCGGUUGGUUCUCCGUAUGAUCCAAACCCGUGGAUCCUUGAUAGUGGUGCUACUCAUCACAUGACCUCUGAUUUGUCCAAUCUCUCUGUUCAUGAGCCUUACACCGGUGGUGAGGAUGUUAUUGUGGCAUAUGGCUCUCCGUUACCUAUUUCUCAUACUGGUUCUAAACUUCUUCCCUCUCGUUUACUCGAUCUUCGUUUGAAUAAAAUUUUGUGUGUUCCUGACAUCCAUAAGAACUUGAUCUCUGUCUACCGCUUAUGUAACACUAAUGGUGUCUCGUCGCAUUUUAUCCUGCCUUCUUUUAGGUGCAGGAUCUCAGUACAGGGGUUCUACUUCUUCAAGGUCGAACCAAAGAUGAAUUAUAUGAAUGGCCGGUCUCGCGGCACCAAGUCACCGCUUUGUCUACCUACACUAAUUCGAAGGCUUCACUUCCAAUAUGGCACUCUCGUCUUGGACAUCCGUCUUCCUCUGUUUUAA